ACCCAAACACCAACACAACCACCAAAAUGCCCUUCCAGCAACAAAAAAUCGCCGCAGCCUCCCAAUUCCUCCUCGCCUCCCCACCCGGUGAACUCAACGACGUCUUCAACGACAUCGCAUCCCUCGUCAACGACGACACCGCCGUCCUCAACGCCCUCGAACCCGCGUUUGAGAAGUAUAAUUUGGAACAAUAUGUCACGGUUAAGUUGCCGUUGCCUGGGGGUGAGGGUGAGGGUUUGAGUUUGGUGAGUGAGUGGAAUCGGGUGGCGGGGGAGGAGGGACGGUUCGUGGAUCCGAGGGUGGGGAAGACGUUUGUGUUUGAUCAUGUAAAGGGGAAAGCGAGCGAUGUUCAGCCCUAUGACGAAGAUUUGGGAAGGGAGUGGGAAGAGCUGAAUACCGGCAUCGAGGCAUACGUCAACGAACACUUCCCCUCCGAAGGCGCAAGCGGGGUGUUCAAGGGCCAGGCGGGAGGAUCAACAUGGAACGUGGUCAUCGUCGGAAACAAAUAUAACCCAUCGAACUACUGGAACGGCCGAUGGCGCUCAUCCUACACCUUCGACUCUACCUCCGGCACCCUAACCGGUACGAUCCGUGUCACCGUCCACUACUACGAGGACGGCAACGUAUCCCUCUCCACCACCCACUCCAUCUCCAGCACCCCUUCCUCUCCCUCCACCCUUGCCAAAACAAUCGCGGCGGAAGAGAAACGGUAUCAAGAAGAACUGAAUAAAGCGUUUGGAGGGUUGAGUGAGGGACCCUUCAAGGGGUUGAGGAGACAGUUGCCGGUUACGAGGCAGAGGGUUGAUUGGGAGAAGGCGGGAGUUUAUAGGAUUGGCCAGGAUGUGGGGAAUGCGAGGAGGUAG